AUGGUUGUUCGCAGACACACCUCUGUAGUUUUGCCUGAGCUUAUCCCUUCAAUUAAGCGAAAAACAUGGCUAAAGCUUUUAGGAGUUACUCUAAAAGAUAAUCGGCGCAACUGGGAUUUGCACUAUGAAGAAAUGCUCAAAAAAGCAAGUGGAAGAAUGUACAUUAUGAAAGUUUGCAAAUACUAUGGACUAUCAAUUAAACAAUUAGAUCUGCUGUUUGAUAGCCUAAUUAUGUCGAUAUUCACUUUUGCUAUUGAGCUGUGGGGUUGUGCAUAUGACGGUAAAUAUUUGAACCAAAUAGAUAAACUCAUUAAACGUGCACAUAAGAAUGGUUAUAUAUCAAAACGAACACACAUUAAAGAAAUACGUGAUAAGAGAGAAAAGAAACUGUGGAACAAAAUAACAUCAACUGAGGACAAUGCAUUGCUUGAACUGCUGCCGGAAAAAAGAAGUAGGUUACUUAGGCCUAGAGGGCAUGAGUAUGAACUCCUCCUAGUGAGAACAGAAAGAUUCAAAACGUUGUUCAUAAAUCGUUUUUUGUACAACUUUGUUUAGACUUUAAUGUAUUUAAAACUUUUUAAAACUUUUUACGCUUCUUAACUUACAUUGUAAAUAUAACUAUCUAGAUCAAUUACCUUUCGAUUGUAAACUCAGACGGAUGUAUCUGAUUAUUUUAAUAAAAACUAUUAUUAUUAUUAUUAUUAUUAUUAUUAUUAUUAUUAUUAUUAUUAUUAUAUAUAGUCGAUAAAUGUAGUACCUUUGGCAUCAAGAAAGCCAUCACAAAAUCAGUCCAAUAUUUGCCGAAACUCAUCAUCAGCAAUAAUCUGAUACCAACAGUAAAGAUUGGAGAAGCAUUUCAAUAUUUAGGACGUUACUUUGAUUUUAACAUGUCGAGCGAUAACCAUAAGACUGAACUAACCACUCUCGUUAACGAACUAAUGACUGAUAUUGACUCGAAGCCACUCCACCCAAGAAAUGAGCUUCUCGUAUACAGUCGUUAUGUCUUAUCCAAAAUAUCGUGGCAUUUCACCAUCGCAAUACUUUCUAAAACAUGGGUUAUUGAAAAUAUUGAUCCCGUAGUCAACCAGUACAUCCGUAAAUGGCUUGAAAUUCCAAUCCCAGGAACACUAAGUACUGUUUUUCUAACUCGCAACAAAUCUGGUCAAAGUAUUUAUCCUCCAUCGGUGAAAUUUAUCCAAUGCCAAACAGUUCUUCUAAAAGCUUUAAAACUUUCUCCAAAUCAAUCAAUCAACGAACUGUGGAAAUCUACUAAUACUCAUACUAAUAUCCAAUACGACUUUUAUAACUCAACCAAAGAAGUGCUUAAAGACUUUCGGUCUGAACAUGAAGAUAAACUCCAAAAUCAAUUAACUUGUCAGGGAUCCUUUUUCUCUAGUAUAACAAAGUCCUCCUUGUCGCAUCUUAGCAAAGUGUGGUCUACUGCUCAAUCUAAACUUCCGCAAAACAUUUAUAAUUUAAACAUACGCUAUAUCAAUAACUCUCUUCCGUCACGCAAGAACUUUAGCAGAUGGGGAUUGUCUUCAAGUUCAGAAUGCUCCUUUUGUCUUGGCCCAGGAUCAUUAUUGCAGGUGGUCACUGGAUGUCAGUGUUAUCUCGAUCGAUUUACGUGGAGGCACAAUUCAAUCCUGAACUUCCUUGCCAAUACCUUGCAAUCUGUGAACGGUUCUGCCCUCUACGCUGAGGUGCCUGGAUUCAAAAGUCCGUCAAUAAUAACUGGUGAUACGUAUCGCCCGGAUUUGUUGCUAUCGUUAUCAAAUGGCUCUCUUUAUGUGGUCGAGCUCACUGUUGGCUAUGAGACAAACCUCGAGAACAACGUUAAUCGGAAAAAAGCCAAAUAUAAAGAACUAGUAAAACAACUAGACGAAAAUUUUAACGAAGUAAACUUUAUAAAUCUUUCUAUGAGCUCCCUAGGCAUUUUUGCGCAAGAAUGCUCUACAUUCUUAGAAAUGUUAAAAAAUGUUGGUCUGGACAAAAACUACCAAACGUACUGUGUUAGGAAAAUGAUGACUAUUGCCAUUCGAAGUACACACUAUAUUUUUUGCCGCCGAAAUAAGGAAUGGGAAAGUCCGGACUUGUUAACUAUUUGA